AUGGUGAGAUCCGAAUUGUGGGUAUUAGUAUUUGAAUGGGAUGAGCCCACAAUGAGCCAACAACAUAUCACGAUUUUCUACAAUGGAAGGAUUAGUGUUUGUGAUGUGACUGAAUUUCAGGCUAGGGCAAUAAUAUGGCUAGCAAGUCGAGAAAUGGAAGAAAGAAUUAAGAGUGCAAGAUCCAACCAAGCACCAAAACCUCUGCAUUCUCAGCUCUAUGGCCCUCCUGGUCUUUCAUUGAAGAGAUCUCUCCAAAUGUUCUUGCAGAAGAGAAAGAAGAGGGCUGAAGCAAUCUCCCCAUAUAGCCAAUUAUAA